CACGGAAUAAAACGCGUACGGCAAAGCAAGGAGGCUCUUGAAGCCAGGAAAGCACACGAACAAGCCAAGAUCAAGGAUUAUCUUGCACUCAACGACGACAUAUUGACUCGGAAGAAGAAUAAGGAUUGGUCCAAGGAUGCUCUGGAUCUGACAACUCGAAUGCUCCAAAUCAAUCCAGAAUUUUACACAGCGUGGAACUAUCGCCGGACUAUACUGCUAAAUGGAAUAUUCGCAAGCAGGACACCUCAAGAAAUCAAUGAAUUUCUUUCAGACGACCUUUCUUUGACGACACUUGCCCUGAAGGCACACCCCAAAGUAUACUGGAUCUGGAAUCAUCGUCGAUGGUGUCUCGAGCACGUACCCAAUGGUCCUGGCACCGACACCGAAGGCGAUCCCGAAGGCUGGAAAAAGACCUACUGGGAUAAAGAGAUGUUCGUUGUAGAACGGAUACUGGACGCCGAUCCUCGCAAUUGCAGCCCUCCAGUUCACGCAUGGAAUUACAGGAGAUACGUGCUGGCUGGCAUGCCCGUUCCCCGACCGGAGACCUCCGAAUUGGCGUACACCACCAAAAAGAUCGAAUCUAAUUUUUCCAACUUUAGUGCAUGGCAUCAACGCUCCAAGAUACUAAUUUCACUAUGGGACAGCGGCCAUCUUGAUCCUGCGAAAUCCAAAGAAGAUGAGUUUGAGCUUGUACGAAACGCUAUGUUCACAGACCCGAAUGACCAAAGCGUCUGGUUAUACCAUCGUUGGCUUAUAGGCUCAGGUGACAACCAGACACUAUUGGAGAACGAGAUUGCCGUGAUUCAGGAACUGUUGGACGAACAACCUGACAGCAAAUGGUGCAUGGAGUCCAUCGUGCACUAUAAACGCCUUCUAAUCUCAAAACAUGGUGCAUCGACGGACACUGUCCGCCUGGUUCGAGAUUGUCAUUCUCUUUUAGAGCAAUUAAUUGAACUAGAUCCAGCUAGACGUAAUAGGUAUAAGGAGAUUGGUGCGUAUCUUUGGGCCGUUUAG